AUGAGUGAGGUUGGAGCAUCCUAUCGCAUACCUCUUUUACGAUCAAAACGCGAUGAAGCAAGUCGAAUUGAUGCAUCGAGGAAGAGGAAGCUUCUCGAGUUAUUCGCGGUUUGCGACAAUGAAGGCCCUAUACCUAAAAUUUCUAGGAUAGACCCCAAUGCUCCACCAACCACCGCCGCCGAAGCACAAUUUCUUGAGGCUUGCGAUAUCUUACAGGACCGGCCCUUCAAUGAAUCAAAUCUACCCAACCGACGACAGCUUAAAUUCGAUUCCCUAAAACAAAUAUCAUCAGUUCGCCAAGCGGGUAAAGAUCUCUCAGCAAGUGAUGGACCCAAUAAAAUAGAACAUUAUUUCAAGCGCGAUGGGAUAAUACCUCGGAAGAACCGUGGAAGUAGUCCAAUCGAGAACAGUAAUGAAGGACGAAACAUCGAGAAAAAUGGGAAUGACGUUGGAGCAACACCAGGGGCGGCUGCAGUAUCCAUGCAAAGAUCGUCUCCGAAGAGCUCGCAAAUUGGUCUACCAAGAGAGACUUCUGCCGAACUAAAUACAACAGUGGAGGAAACAUUUAAAAGUGCUAGUCGACCAGCGACAGCAGCACAAGAGGUACAGCCUGCUUUGACGAACAAGGAUUUUGAAAUCGACCGUAUUAAAAGAGUUGUUGAAAGUCCUCCUGGAAGUCCUGGGGUUGAUCCAAGGAAAGCAGUGCCGCCAUCUCCCGAGGAUGUUGCAAAUCUGCAAGAACCAGUUAUUUUUGGCGCGAAUGACGAGAAUCAUCAUGCUGCGACUGCCCAUUUACCACCGAAGGAGGUUCAGGAAGCUCGACUAGAAGAGAUUGAGAAGGCACGCGAUCAUAAGGGGGAAAGGCGAAGGCAAUCAAUUGCGGAUCCUCUCAGAGCUUCUGUGGAUCUAGUUUCUUCCCCAAGUUCAACAAUAGAUGCCCAUUCGACCACUACCCCUGCGCGACAUGAUGCCUCUGCGGGGACAAGUCCAGAGAAUGACAAUUCUCGGUCCGGAUACCUUGAACGCCCAGACGAUGAGAUUGAUGGCAAGAUCGCAACAGAGUCGAGGUCUAUUCGCGAGGACGUUGUCCAGAAGGAUGUGCACGACAGAAAGCAGAAGGCUCAAAAUGAGAUCUCUCGUACUGAAGUACUUGGUAGUAGUUCCAUAUCAGCUGAUGCUCAGCUACGUAUGGAAGACCAAGCCGCAUCUGGCUCCAUAGUUCCUGUGGUUGCUGAAAUAGCAGAUUCCCAAGCCUCGAGUUCACAGGACGUAGAGGAACCUAAAUUACUUGCAUCCGAGAUUAGUAAUGUCGAGAAGGAACCCACCAAGGACAAAAAUGAUGUCAGCGCAGACGUCCUGCGACGAGAUAAAACCCGAAGUGAGAACUCUCACGCAACUCCUAAGAUGGAGGAAGUACCAGACUCUGAGGGCGAUGGACAGACACCACAAGACGCUAUGGAUUUGGACGUGGCAACUGUGAAGGAUUCAUUCGAAAGUCAUACCACCCUGGACAGUAGUGCUAUCCUAAAUACAAAAGCAUCGGCUCCCGCUGGAGAGGCUUCAACACAGCCAUCAUCGAAUACUAAAUCGCCACCAUCAACACCAGCUCCUAUAACACGCAAAACAUCAUCCACACCCGCACCUGUUCAAGUACCAAUUGAGCGUAUGACAACAAGGGUCGCCUCCGGGGCAAUAAGACAUAAGUCUGUAUCCGAGAUUUUAGGUGAAACGCCCGCACCAAACAACUCCCCAACUUCGAUAAGAAGUCCUACUAGCAAGCCGGAUACUGGAUCGGCCGCUGACUCACCUUCAAGAGGGAGUACCCCAGGAUCUACUCGUAGCCUGCUCCAGAAAGCCAAAGAAAAGAGCCAAAGUCGUCUUUCAACUGUAGUGUUUGCUAAAAAGCCUUUCGGUUCUAGAGCUAAUGAUGCUACUAUGACAACUAUAGGAGCGCAUCUACAGCAAGCACACCCCCAAGAUGAUUAUUUUGCGUGUCUGUAUCUCAAUAGCCAUAAUACACAAAAAACAGGCUACCCCCCUCUGGAUGGUCUCCUACAGACUGCUCAUAAAACCAUCACGACCUCAAAUGCUUUUGUGCCCAUUACUGAAAAUCAAACGACAAGGAUUUUAAAGCGCAUAUAUGGACUUCAGAACAAUCACAAAUGGUCUUUACGCCAGCCGAAGCGAUCCGAGGAACCCGUUCGACCAACUACACAUUGGGAUGUUCUUCUUCAAGAAGCCAAAUGGAUGCGGACAGAUUUUCGAGAAGAACGGAAGUGGAAAAUGGCGGUGGCCAAGAACCUGGCAUAUGCUUGUGCAGAGUGGGUUGAAGCUAGCCCCGAGGAACGAAAAAUUCUACAAGUGAACGCUACUCGCCAACCCAUAUCCUUGGCAGAAAUCCCUGAAGAUGUUGAAAUGGGUGAUGCGACGAGUCAACUUCUCCCCCGUUCAACUCCCGAGCUGAUUCCCUCUGCAGAAGCCGAUUCGCCAAUGGACGACGUUGACGAAGAACUUCGCCUCACUAUUACGGAUACUGUCAGCCCCACUGCGAUAUUUGGUCUCCAGGAUGAUGAUGUUGUUUUUGGACUGAGUAGGUCACCAGCGACCGAUAAACUUUUAGAGGAAUUGCCUUUAUAUGGCGCUCCAUUGAGCGUUCCUUGUAAUGACUUGCCUACCUCUAAAGUUGAUCCUGAUCGCUUCUGGAGAAGGCCCGCGGUUGGUAUCAGUAAGUACGUAGAGGGCAGGAUGGAACUAAAAUUUCAAGGGCCUCCGCGCAAAAAGAGCAGAUUUGAGUACGAAGAGGACAGUGACGAUGAAGAUGUAGCAGUGGACCAAUCUAGGCGUGAGAGAUCAAUUUUACCACCCGAGCAGACCAAUAUAGGUUUAUUCGACCCCGCCAACAAGCAUAUCCGCGACCGCAUUCAUGCCGGACAUCAAUUCCGACCGCCUUCAGAAUUUCCAAUGCCAACGCAAAGUUUCUUCGAAUGCCGUCAAUGUUCACUAUGGACAUUUUCUGAGGACGAAGAGUUGGAGAGACUUGUGCGAGAGUAUGCUUAUAAUUGGUCACUUAUUUCCAAUAUGUUAUCAAGUCGAUCGCUACAGUCAUCAGGUGCCGAGAGACGUACGCCUUGGGAAUGCUUUGAACGCUGGAUAGCUUUAGAAGGUUUGCCUGCAGACAUGCAAAAGACUGCAUACUUUAAAGCCUACAACAACAGAUUGGAGGCAGCUCAACGAAAUCUACAGGUCAUGGCGACUCAAGUUCCCCAACAGCCCACCGCGAAUGGUCAACCAGCCGCACCUCGGAGGCGAACUACCACCAGCCAGCGUGUGGAAAAACGGAGAAACCAAAAACAUUUAGCAUUAGUUGAUGCCAUGAGAAAAUUAGCGAAGAAGCGCGAGAAUUCCGCUCAGAAACAGCAAUUAUCUGCCGCACAGGCCGCUGCAAGGAAGCCAGCCGAGCAACCCCAAACAUGGACACCCAUCAAGACUCCCCAAGAAUUUAGCCGUUUGAAACAUGACCGAGAUGAGCAAUUAAAGAAAAGCAUGGCUGCCUUCCAACAACGACAGGAACAAGUCAGAAGGGAGGCGCAAGCUCGCCAAAGAAAUGCAGCUCAGCAACAGGCUCAUCCUAAUGGCUUGCCACAACAACGUGGACCUGCUCUUCCAAACGGUCUCGUUCCUCCGAUUAGCCAGCCAAAUGGAAACGGCCAUCUCACUAUUCCAGGACAGAAUAGACCCCGGCCUCUUCCACCACAUAUGGGUGUGACGGGGCCGAUGCCUAACAACCUCCGCAUUCCACAAGCAAUGUCCAACGGUGUCCCACAAGCUCAAAUGCAGGGAGGUUUACCCUUAAAUCCCGCCCUUACCCCUGAACUUGCAGAUGGUGCUCGUCGUGUAUCCUUACAACAGAGACAACAACAGAUGCAAAAUAUGACGCAGCAACAGGGUAGCCCACAUCCAGGACAGGCUCAAAACUCCCCUUCACGAAUGAAUGGCAUGCCUACGCAGCCUGGAUUUAUGCCCAAUAAUAUGACAUCCUAUAAUAACAACAACAUCAACGGUAUGGCUGGUUCUCCAGGUAUAUCAACGCCUUCUCCUGCUCAAACAAGCUCUCCUCGAGUAGGCUUACCUCCUUCGGGAAUUCCUAACGGCGGUCUGCCUCCAAACAUUCCGUAUCUGGAGAUAGAACGAAAUGUCAGGAGAGCUAACCCACACGCAUCAGCCAGCGAAAUCCAUAAAUUGAUGGGUGAAAACAUAACUGCGUUUAACAACAACAAACACUUGCAACAACGAGGUUUAGUCCAGCCUCCAAGCGGCAUAGCAGCAAGCGCUAUGAAUGCAGCGGCUGGCAACAAUAAUUUGGGAAUGAAUGGUCAAGGAGGACAGCGGCCACCGAUCGGCAUUGAGAACGCUAGCCCGCAGAUGUAUGCCCAAAUGUUGAGCAAUCAUCACCAACAGAGAUUACAGAAUAGCCAGCAGCAGCAGCAGCAGCAGCAGCCCUCACAAGCUACAGGGAGCCAAAAUCAAGGACAAGGGGCGCAACAAAAUGGAGGAAAAUGA